UGGUCUUAGCGAUUUUCGAAUGCUUCUCUUCUAUUCUAUUCUGGGUUGAUAAACCUAAACCAAAUCCAUGGAAGACGUGUUACAGACGAUUUCGUGGGGUUUAAACGAGCCUCGUCACUCUCAGAAGCGCCCCACCGAAAGCUGCGCUGAAGAUGGUGAAGAGGAUUGGAGAUCAGCUUCUCCGUCGCUGCAAGUAUGGGAUCCAGGAUCCUUACCGUAUCCCAUCUGGGUUCAGGGAAAAAAUCAACCUGCAAUAAGCAGUGGAGUUGUCCCAAGCCAGAUCAGUAAUGUUAGCACUCCCCAAGCAUUUCAAUCUCCAGACAUUUCCACCGGUUCAGUUUUGAAACAGAAUGUUUCAAGUUUAUAUGGAUCAGAAUUAGCUAAGAGGAAAAGGAAAAUCGAUCAGGCAUAUCGGGCAAGAUGUAGGAAUCUCAAAAUGGAAAUGCAAUUGAAUAUGGAGAACCUCAAAGGAGAAAAUGAUUCUUUAAUGAAAGAGAAUGAAUCCUUAAAAGAGGCUAAUUCUCUGAUGAAUCAAACUUUAAGAGAUCAAGAAAAAGAGAUUGACCAAUUGAGGAGUGAUCUUCUUCAGAUUAAGUACGAGUAUGAGAAGCAAAAUGUCCUUGUGCAAACACUUUCGGGGCUUUUAGUUGAUCCAAUGAGGCUCGAAAACGAGAAGUUAAAAGAUGAAAAUGCAUCAUUGAGGAAGAAUGCCAAUCUUAAUAGUGAUGUACCACAACUAGUAGAGGAAAAUGCAAAAUUAAGAACCGAAAAUAAAGUACUCAAGGUGCAGAAUGAUGCUUUGUGUGGGAAGAUUAUCAGUGACCAUGGAAUGAAGUGUAAACAAGAUCAGUAAGCUAAAUUACUAAGACGAAUUGAAGAUAAGCCCCUUCUCUUUCAGUUGAUGAUAUGUGCUGUAUUUUAUUUCAUAUCACAUCUCAUCGUUCUUUUUCCUUUUUCCUCUUCAUCUGCAUGCACCAUGUGUCAACUUAUCUUCCGAUAGCAGUUUAGCUUUCUUUCCCUUGAUCUAGCUACUUUUCUACAUCUUUUAGUUAGAUUUUCCAUUGAUAAUCUCUUUUGAUCUCUUUUCUCUUCUUGUUUCCGCACUUGUCGUGUCUUCUUUCUUGUGCUCUCCCCUUUCUCACUUGCCUGCAAUGGGAUGAUCUACCUUGAUCUCUUUUAUCCUCUUGUUUUCACACUUUUGUAUCUUCCCUUUUGUGUUAUCCCCAUUCUUACUUGCCUGCAACCGGAGUCCGGAAUGCGGGAAAAGAAAACAAAUAUGGCUUUCGAGUAUUGUUUUCAUUGUGGGGGCGGGUAGAUGGUAAGUCGGGCGAUCUUGGCUGGUGAGGCUCUAUUGUGUUAUUUGUAGGGGUAGUCAUGAAGGAGUUACUUUGGGGUGCCAUUGAUGUUGCUAUCGAUCUUAAUUCCUCCUUUAGUUAUGCGCCUUGAAUUUUAUUGUGUUUAAUAAACCACCUCAUGUAUUGGAAGGUGGAGUGGCCAUAAGAGAUGUUUAUCAUCUUUGUAUAAAUGCAAACUUUAGGGGGAAAGAUGUAUUUUAUGUUGUUUAGGCGUAGUCAUAAUACAUAAUUAACAUUUUUAAGAAUUAUUUCUGUUUAAACGAA